CAGAAGGGCGAUAACUUUAUUAUUUUGUUUAACAAAUUUCGUGUAUGGUAAACCAAACAACUUCACAAUGUCUAAUUCAAAAAACACUAAAAUUAAAGCAGGAGGUGGAAGUAAGACAAAUGAGUCUGUACUAAGUAGAAAUACAUCAGUUUCAAAGGCCAACAAAAGUGGUGGUAAGAAUAUGCCAUUUACCAGUGUUCGGAGUACAGUUUUCUCAUCAGCCUCUGGACAGAAAAAAGCUCCGGUCUCUGUGGGUACAGAUAAGCCAAUUUCUACUCAAAAAGCAUUAGUUCAGAUUAUUGAUGAAGCGGGACAUGAUGUCACACCUUUGCCUCUUAUUCAACUGGAUCCAAAUGCUGUGAAAAAGAAUCAAUCUAAUGUAUUAGGAGAAAGUUCAGUUGGGACACCAACAGAUUUGAUGUCCCAAACAUCGGCCUCUCUAUAUGGCGCAAAUGCUACUCAGACAGGCACUGCCGUUACAAGUGUGUAUGGUGGGGGUCCUUUUACUAGGUCUGUGUUUACUCAGUCGUAUGACACAGGCUCUGAUUCAGUCUUACCUGAUGAAAUGGGAACUCCGGAUAUUACUACAUUUUCAGAGGUACGUCACAAGCGGCAAGAGAUCCAAGAAAUUCCAACGGAAGAAGAUUUAAACAAAAUUGUUGAUAUAACUCUGGUAGAGACGGAAACCUUUUGGAUGAUUGACCUGCCAGACAUUAAAGUUUCUAAUGAAGGUGAAGAGGCAGUCUUGGUGACUGAGGCCAACAAAAAGUAUUCAGAGCUUGUGAAAAGUCGUGUGGGUAAUGACCUCUACGUUGAACGAGGAAUGAAUACUUUCAAUGAACCUCCAAAGUUAAAAAGUGUCCACACCACCAAGAUCGACACAGAUUCUGUAUCUGUAGAAUGCUCGAACUGGGACAUGUAUGAUACCUACGAUGCUCUGGAAAAAUUAAAAAAAGAUUUUAGUGAAAAAUCAUUACACGAGGAAGAAGCAAAUCUUGAACAAGAAAUUGAAGAAGAAUUAGAAGAUGACAUAGAUGCUCUAGAAGAAGCAGAGGAUGAGGAGGGUACAAUCAGCCGACCUCUCAGUCCCAAAGAUGAUAUAGCGCCAACGCCAGCGCCAGUAGGCUCCCCCCUGGAUCUAAAGAAUGUAGAGUCUGAAGCCAGAACUGCUAAAAAAAGUUUCCAUCAACUGGAAAAAUCAUUUAGCAGAAAUACAUCUAUAAUUGGUUCAGAACUGAAUUAUAGCCUUGAGAUUGCUGUAGAACUUACUCCAGACGAGCAAUUAGAAAAAGAGUGGGAUUCUAUUAUAAUGUCAGAUGAAUUUUUACACCAUUUGUUUAUUAUGGAAAGAAUCAUAAAUUUGAACACUUAUCAGCCAAAGCAAGCACUCUAUCGAGGAUUUCAACCACUGACAAAUGUUACAGUUGAAGCUAGGCGGUCAAGAGAUUCUCAAAAAACAGGUGCCUCAGACUCAAUGUCAGUCCACGAUGUAGGGCCAAACCUUGACAGACUCUGGUCCUACACAUGUAAUGUGACUAAAGGGAGGAACAUCAGCUGCAUGGCCUGGAACAGGAAAAACCCUGAUCUUCUAGCAGUUGGGUAUGGACAGUUUGAGUUCACAGGUCAAAAGCCAGGAAUUGUGUGUUGCUGGUGUUUAAAGAACCCAGAGUUCCCAGAGAGAGUCUACUUUUCAAAAGUGGGGGUGACAGCCUUGGACUUCUCUGUGUCAAAUCCUAAUUUUCUAGCAGUCGGCUUUUAUGAUGGAGGUAUAGCAGUUUACAAUGUUAGAAAAUCAUCACUAGUAGAACCUGUUUUAGACAGUUUCACUGCCCCUGGCAAACAUCUGGCACCAGUCUGGCAGCUGAGGUGGAUUGAGAAAGAACGGGGUGCAGGUGAAGAAAGUGCCGAGGUGCUGAUUUCCAUCUCUACUGAUGGGCGUGUCACGCAGUGGUCAAUUAGAAAAGGCUUUGAAAGUUACGAUGUUAUGAAGCUGAAAAAAAUGCCAACCAGGAUAGCUGGACGAGCACGGGAGAAGAAAGGCGAAGCUUUCAUUUCAAGAUUUGCUGGAGGAAUGUGCUUUGAUUUCAACCAGCUUGACUCCAACAUUUACCUGGCAGGGACAGAGGAUGGGUUUGUUCACAAGUGUUCCUGUUCCCACAAUGAACAGUAUCUGGAGAGUUAUCAAGGUCAUACAGGACCCGUGUAUUCCAUUCAAUGGUCACCCUUUGUAGAGGACAUUUUCCUUAGCUGCAGCGCUGAUUGGACCAUAAAACUUUGGCACCAGGACAAGACUAGGCAUAUUCUCUCUUUUCAUUCUUGCACAAAAGCUGUGAAUGACAUCUGUUGGUCACCAUGGUCUUCCACUGUAUUUGCCUGUGUGAAUGAAGGUGCAGUUGAAGUAUGGGAUCUUGCUCAAAGCACGUUAGAUCCAGUCUACACCAUUACCCCAACCUCAGGAGCUAAACAGACUAAAGUAUUGUUUAGUAAAAAUUCACAGUGUUUGCUGGUGGGGGACAGUGAUGGCCAGGUCACAGUUUAUCAGCUGCGCUGUAUGCCAAAGCCACCUGAGAAUCAGGAGGAGGCACUAAAAGAGGUCAUCAAGGCAUCACUAGCAAGUCAGCUGUCUGGUGCCACAGAUUCUGCAGAAAAUAGUGAAGACAAGGAAGCAGAAGAUGAAGAAGUUGUAGAAGAGGAAGAUGUCGAGUAGAUGCUGGGUCCACACUCUACAUAGGAUAUUUUUUAAAACAAAUUUUCUAUGUUUAGUUCCCAAUUAAUUAAGUUGAAAUGAAAUGUAUGCUUUUUUUCUUUUAAUGUUCUAAAUAUGCUGUUAAAUUAAACUUUUUAUUUUGUGUUACAAACACUAAAUAAAAAAAUUUCUAGUUUGAAAUUAAGAAAAAAAUAUUUUUAGUGUUUUAUUACAUUUUUUUCAAGGGGUGUGUAGGAUAAGCAUAUUAUAUAUGCUGUGAUGUGUUUAAAUUAUUCAGCUUAAAUGUUAAGCUGUGAUGAAUCAUUUAUGUUUCUUUAGCAAUACUCACAAAAGACAGGUUAGGCCAACUCACCAACCAGAUAGUACCAUUUUCUCCCUUAAAUUAUAACAUUCGAAUUUUGUACAGACUGUAGUUCUGCAGUGUAAAAAGUUGGCUUAUUAAAAUUUUAAACUUUUGUAGCGAUCAUGAGAUAUUUAUUUUUGUUGCUAAUACAUUAUUUAAAAUCUUUUAAAAUUGUUUUUUAAAAUGUGGAUUUGUAAAUUAUUUAUUUGUUCUAUUAAAGGAAUGUUCUAAUAAAUAAACAUUGUAUAUAAUCAAUGAUAAAACC